GACGUGGUAGGUGGGUGAGUGUGUUUGAGCAAUUGGCAUUGAACACCGAAGUUCUCGUCAAAGAACUAAAUACUUCAACGGUCGCCUUCGCUGACUCAAUCGAGUGUAAACGGAUCUCAUCUCGCAGUUAGCUGCAGUGGAACGACAUUCACUUGGGAUUCUCCGCUUAGAGAAACUUCGCAGAGUGACAGGGCGAGGGAAGGAGAGGCGGGGAGACAGAGGAGGAAGACAAUGGCAGUUGUUGCAUCAGCUCCCGGGAAGGUCUUGAUGACCGGCGGGUAUCUUGUUUUGGAGAGGCCAAAUGCAGGGAUUGUUCUUAGCACAAAUGCUCGAUUCUAUGCAAUUGUGAAACCUCUUCAUGAAGAAAUCAAACCUGACAGCUGGGCAUGGGUGUAUACAGAUGUCAAGUUAACAUCUCCUCAGUUGUCUAGACAAAGCAAUUACAAGUUGUCGUUGAAGAAUCUGACUCUCCAGACAGUGUCUUCGAGCGACUCCGGGAACCCAUUCGUGGAACACGCUGUGCAGUAUGCUGUGGCAGCUGCACAUGCAAAAUUUGACAAGAAUAAUAAAGAUGAACUUCACAAACUACUCUUGCAAGGGCUUGAUAUUACAAUUUUAGGCUGCAAUGACUUCUACUCAUACCGGAAUCAGAUUGAAGCUCGAGGAUUACCCUUGGCACCAGAGUCAUUAGCUGCUCUUCCUCCUUUUGCAUCAAUUACCUUCAACGCAGAGAACCCGACUGGAGAAUGUAAACCAGAAGUUGCAAAAACUGGACUUGGUUCUUCUGCAGCCAUGACUUCGGCUGUGGUUGCUGCUCUACUUCAUUACUUUGGAGUUGUUAACCUUUCUCUCUUGUUGAUGGAUUCCUCGGGGCUUGAUGUUGUGCAUAUGAUUGCCCAAAGUGCUCACUGCAUAGCUCAAGGGAAAGUUGGCAGUGGUUUUGAUGUCAGCUCUGCAGUAUAUGGGAGCCAGCGGUAUGUCCGGUUUUCACCAGAUGUGCUUUCUUCUGCUCAGGUUGCAGUCAAAGGAAUGCCUCUAGAUGAUGUCAUUGUUGACAUCUUGAACGGAAAGUGGGACCAUGAGAGGACCAAGUUCUCCUUGCCGCCAUUAAUGUCACUUUUGCUCGGAGAACCAGGAACAGGAGGAUCCUCCACCCCAUCCAUGGUAGGAGCUGUGAAGAAGUGGCAAAAAUCUGACCCCCAGAAUGCCCAAGAGACGUGGACAAAGUUGUCAGAAUUAAAUUCAACUCUGGAAAGACAAUUUAACUUGUUGAGCAAAUUAGCAGAGGAAAAUUGGGACGUGUAUAAAAGGACUAUAGACAGAUGCAUCUCGCUUAAGUCAGACAAGUGGAUAGAGCUUGGAACUGAUCCAAGAGAAGAAGUUGUUGUCAAAGUUCUGUUGGGUGCAAGAGAGGCUAUGCUUGGGAUCAGGAAUCUUAUGCGGUCGAUGGGUCAGGCUGCUGGUGUUCCUAUAGAACCUGAAUCACAGACUCGGCUUCUAGAUGCUACUAUGGGCAUAGAAGGAGUUCUGCUGGCUGGGGUUCCUGGAGCUGGCGGGUUUGAUGCAAUCUUUGCCGUUACUUUAGGAGAUUCUAACCAAAACCUUGUCAAAGCUUGGAGUUCGCUCAAUGUCUUGGCUUUAUUAGUCAGAGAAGAUCCUAGGGGUGUAUCAUUAGAAACAGGUGACCCAAGAACCGCAGGAAUUAUGUCAAACAUUUCUUCUUUUCGCAUUGAGUAGUCCCUCGUUUCUUUUUCCCUUUCUUGUAUGCUGGAAUUGCAAUUGUCAUUCGAUAAUUUAAUGGCUAUUGUGUUUCAAUAUAGUGAGUGGGAAGCAAGAAUUGUACUUUAAUGUGGAGGAAUAAUCCUCAAAUGUUUUAAGACAUAUUUGACUGGCAGAAGAAAUGAAAUAAAGUCUAUUGUUCCAUUA